AAGUUGCAAAUAAUAUGUAGUUUUACUCUUGUUUAACCUAACAUUAUAUAUACCGUUACACAGAUUGGUCUUUUAUUUUCAGUUUUUAUAAGAAAAUUAGUUAUGGAUCAUUGGACUCUACUAAAAGCCAUUGUAAUAUGUUGCGUAUUGAAUACACCAGAAUCAUUCCAACUCCAUUUGAACUCCACAAAUGCUGAUCACAAAGAAAUCCACCAAAAUUGUAUUGAAUGCGAGAGAGUCACCAGAAUAACAUUGAUGCCUUUGUCUUCCAUUUACUUCCAUGAAAUACGGAAAAACCUUUUUUUACCUCAUGUUUUAUCUGAUCACAGCAAGCUGGAACUUAUCGAUUUAAAGGAAACUUGCUUGAAACCAGUAUUGACAAUGAACAUAAAGACACAUUCUAACAAAAUAAAACAAAAGCCAGCAAAAAGAAAAUCAAUUUUUUAUGUGCGUGGUAACCAGUUUAGAAGAUGGUUUUCAUAUUUGAGCGAUCUUGUAGGAGAGUAUUUACCUAGCAGGAAUAGCAUUUGUGUUGAGUGCGUUCGGCGAAAGAAAAUAAUACCUGUUUCUAAACUAAAACGCACCAAGUAUGAAGAGUUCAAACUGCUUCUGUAUGGCCCAUUUGUGAGAAGAAAUACUCAUUCGUUAACGUGUCAACUGCCACAAAACGGUAAAAUAUCUUCAAAAUUUGUGCAGCAAAAUUACAGUAAUGUCAAUGAAAACGGUUCCUUUAAGCGUGAGGAAAAUAAAAGAAAUAGUAAUUAUACUGGCUGGUUUACUGAUAUUAAUAAAUACUUUCAAAGUCACCUUUCUAGUAGAAAAGAUUCUCAGGAAAUUAUAGUAGAAACACAAGAAAAGAUUACUUCGCAAAGUAGGUUCAGUUUGUUCAAGGAUGAAGAGUGGUAUUACUGGUUUGGCAGAGUUCUUAGAUUAACAUGUUUAUCGAAAAUAGACUACCAUCCUCAUUUGAAAAAGGAGAAGAAAAGUUUAUAUCAAAAUGAGUCUAGCAAUCCAGAUGCGAGUAGAAAUGAUUCUUCGACUUUAAGUCCUAUUGCAAGUGCAAAUGGAACACUUGAGACUGCACAGAUGACGGAUGGAGUAAGUAGAGAUGUAUGGUAUGAACAUUGGUUUUAUCACUUUAAUUCUUACUUUAAAUCGAAACCUUCUAGAACAGGUGUAAACACAUCAGAUGUAUUAGAUGAAGACAAGAGAAGAACUGAAAGACGUAUCCAUCCUGAUAAUUUAACAUCGAAUUGGUGGCAUAGAUUUAUAUUAUCUUUAAAAUUAGUGACGAAAAAUAAACUUUUUACCCAAAAUAAAACACAUGAUUGCAAAAUAGUAAUCAAAAAAUCUGUAAAACAGAAUUGGUAUGAGCAAUUUUUAAGUUACUUCAGACUUUCAUGCACACGACUAGUCAAGACAACACCGGUGGAAAUGACACAUGUAGAAAAAGAAACAAGUUCAAGUACUAAUAUAGACCAGGUGAUUGAUGCAAAAACUAAAUCUGAGAAAAACGUAACUUCUCCUGUACCAGUUAGCUCCAAUGUUUUAACUACAGCACAAGAAAGGCCUACUCCCUGGCCAAUUGUUAUGGUUACAAAACCUUAUGGUAAGAAUAUCACCGAAAGUAUAUUCUCUGCUGAAAAAGAAGUCGACAUUAGUCAAUACGCUAAAAGAAAGAUAUUUCUACAUACAAGCAGACAAAUAAGAGGUGAAGUCGAUGACGCCAGUUUGUUUUUUCUCCUUGUCGCCUGUUUUACAUGCUGGUUUUUACAUAAAGCAAUCCCAUCCAUCUUUAGAAGAUCUACCUUACCACACAGUGUAGCAGUUCCAGACGUUCUUCCGCCGAAAAAAAGCGAUCCCACAACUAUCACGAAACCUGUAGGUGUGACAACGUCAGUCACCAAGAAGAAAUGUCGCAAAAUGCUUUGCCCACCAGCUGUAGUGAUUGCUGUGCGAAGAACAUUAGAGUUAGAAUUGGUCGUUGCCGCAGUCGAAGUAAGUCCUUAUCCAAACUACCGGACGAAAACGUGCGGUUUAAAGUGUUGAUACGGGAAAUGAUGGUUGUCGUAUAAUAAUGAAGAAUGUACUUGCAUUUUUUGUUAGCUGUUCACUUUUAUUAAAGAUAUACUUUAGAGAAGAAAACAUUCGCGAGUCACUAAAUAACGAAAUUAAGUGUUUUUCUUUCGCGAAUAACCCUUUUUUUCGGGCAAAGAAAAACUUUUUCGAAUGGUCAAGAAUUAACUUUUGCGAUAGACACAGAUUUUGAUUAUAAUUCGUUUAAGGAGGUCAUGAAAUAGCGUGUGUAGUGGCAAUAAAAGCAACGGUAAAAAAGCAAACGAUUUUAAGUCGAUUAAAAGACUUGGGUAGUGAUUAUUACACGAAACCUUAAACAAUUAAUGUUUUGUUCACCUCACAAAAUAAUUACAAGCUGAUAUUUUUUACGAGAAGUAAUUUUCACGAAAUUUUAUCGCUUGUUACGGAAGCAAGUAAACGCUAAAUUUCCACUGUGCGUAAAUUUAGCGUUUUCGGCCAAAAAUAAUGAAAUCGCGAAAGAAAGAUUUGAAAAACGGUGUCGACAUAUCGACACAUUGAACUGCUCAAUGUUACGAAGAAAAUGUCUGUACAUUGAACUCUGAUUAUGCCUCUUUUGCAAACUUUCAUCAAAACCAAACACGUAUUGAUAUAAAACGAUUUCCAUCAACUUUUUAAAAAGUGCUUAUAUUUAUUUGUUUCGUUUGUCUUUUUAUAUUUAUACUUUUUAUAAUAUAAUGUAUACAUUUUUGUAAAUGUUGUUAUGAUAAUAUACAUAUUUACUGAAUCAAUUGAAA